CUUCAGACGCAUCUUGGAAUUGUUUCAGAACUUGAACAUAUGGUUGCUAUGUAACUGGAAUAUUAAGUUUCAUAUCCCCGAUUCAACUGUGCAAGGCAUAGGGGAGUCUGAGGAACUAGCUUAAACUAUUUUCAAUGUUCCCUGUCCAACAGCCCAUUUCGAGCUUUUGGUCAAUCACUAGUGGCCAAUUUUUUUUCGGCUAUUGCAAAUGGAUUUGGCUCAGGAAGCCAGGCAUGCAAGCUUUCAUAUCACGUACCACACUCUACAGCUUAAUACUACAGCUACCUGCUCUAAAAGCCCUGCCAGUGCAAUUUGUUACUGAAGACCAUACUAUUCCGCAGGGUGGCAGGAUACAGCAUAUUUCCACAUACCGCCGAGGUAAUAUCAUCUUGAGAAAUAGCUCAGAGUCUCCUAAAAUAUUAGUGGGUACCUCCAUUCUUCCGCUGGUUGUUAGUCUCGAAAUCUUCUAUGGACUUGUCACCAAUAUCUCUUCGCUAACCACGAUCUGUGUUCCAGAAUAUUAUCUUCAAGACGUAACUGGUGCUAUCAAGCAAGGCGUCAUGCUUGCAUUCCCAUACCUCAAGAGGCUGGAUGCUACUUGUGUUCCUGAUUAGUUCCAUUAGGCCAUGUCCAACAAGUCAACGCUAGCAGAAUGGCGAGCCAAUUGGGUAUAAGCGAUCUCGGCGCGAUCUCGGAGAUUCAACUUUUAGGCACAUACUACUGCUUUCGAUGGCUCGCUGUGGUUCAUGUGGUCGAAUUUCUCGCCAAGACACACCCGCAGGCUGUGGGAGGGUGUCAGCGGGGGAUACGAGGCGAGAGC